AUGUCGAAGCCAGAAGAAGAACCUUUCAUAGAGCCAGAGAACGCAGACAACGCAAAAGAAGCUAAAGAUCAACCCUCACAAGCACUAAAAGAUGAAAAAGGCCUUUCGUUUUACGGAGUUUAUCAUCCUGAAAAACAAUCCAAGAGUGAAAGUUUAUUAUGCCCUGAAUGCCAUAAGCAAACUUGAAGCAGAGUUGAGUCAAGACCUGGAAAACUCACAUAUGGAUGCUGCUGCUAUCUUUGUUUAAUAGGUUGGUGUCUCUGCUUAUGUUAUGUUCCUUUUUGCAUUAAACGAUGCAAAGACACUUAUCAUUUUUGUGCAAACUGUAAUGCACCUUUAUCGAUCAAUUACUCCACAUACUAAUAUAAAAAUUAAAAAAUAAAAUUAUCAAAAAUGCUUUAUUUAUUUUUAAUUAAUUUGGGAUAGAUGGUAG